AUGCCGCUGGCCAUGAUGGACCGUACCCGCCCCCUCGCGUGUGCGGCCAGGCGGACUCCCUUCAUGAACUUGCGCAGCGUGCCUUGGGGCCUCGUGGUGGAGUUCUUGCUUGAGGUGCCAACGGAGCUGGACGAGACGACCUCCACUGGCAUGGAAGGCCUCGGACGACUGGGCAGCUGCAGCUGGGUACUUCGCAGCUGCCUCUUCGACCGGCUUGUUGCCAGCCGCGGCUCCAUGCUUCAGAUGACCCACAGCUUCAUCUGGAACCGCGUAGCCAGCUUGGAGGCUCACCCAAACAUCAUCUUACGCGGGCGACUAUGGCAUGCCUACGAGCAAGCCCAAGAUGACCCCGAGAGCAUGCACGUCAGGCUCGCCGAGAUGCUCUAG